AAUUCCAAUUAGGUCAAAAUUAAUUUCCCGUCUCCCUAACUCUGAAGUUGACCGUUUACCGGUGCGCCUCCCCCGCGCACGUUAGCAGCCGCCCCCUGUUCUUCCAAGGUUGCCCGUUCGUUAAACCAACGGCACCAAGCCGAGGAGGUUCGUGACUCCCUGCCUGCCAGAAGUCUCUCCAAAGUCGCCAUUAAGGACACGAAUACUUUUCGUGGAAGCUAAGGAAGAAGCAUUGUUUCUUACAUGCAGCCGGUGUAAGAAUGUCGGGUAAUGUCACAAAUGGCAUUGGCGAUCGGAAGUUUUCGUUCGAUGGAUUUUCUUACAGCUGCGACGACGACGAGGAGGAGGAGCUACAAAGCGUAUUGAAAGCGUUGUUCGAAGUGGACAUGAUCAUCGACUACUCGUCUGAAAAAUUGGCGAAUUUGGAGAACCUCUUACAUGUUUUGUCUGGGGAAAACAAUGUUGAGUCUAUCGAUUUCGAAAACGACGCGAGCUCUGAAGAAUUUGUCGAAAAGGCUUUCGCAUUUGAUUUGAUGUACGCCGUACUGAUUUUCGAGGUGAGGGAGAUCGAGGAUCGGUUGGUUGAUCUUCUGGGCCUAAUUGGCGAUGCUCAUCGUAAAAUAUUUGCGUCGGAGCGCUCGACCGAACUCGUUGCAGCGUUCGGCGGUAAGAUUCGAAGUUGCGAAGAUGUAUUGAAAGAAUCCCGAGACCGCAUUUUGGGGAUGACGAUUCGAUUAGCGAAGCUGGAAAUGACGUCGAUCAUCGUCAAACACAGUGAAUAUAAGCGUAACUUGGAUACAGGUCUAAAUCGCCAGAUUUCGACGCCCGAGCAAGCGCGAGUGCGAAGAAUGUUGGAGUUAUCUCUCGCGAACGAAGUCGAACUCGAAAAAACGGUGACGCGCCACCGACAGAACGAGGAGGAUUUAAAGGUAAAGAUACGGCUGAUCGAACAAGUCGGGGUUGCCAUGGAAGAGGCGGCGGAGGUCGCGUGGGGGCGGUUCUUGGAGGCGGAUAAUGCCGCGGCGGUACUAAUGGGAAUCUCGAGAGAGACAUUGGGGCGACUUCGAACUCUCGAGUUCGAACGUAUUAAUUCAGCUAAACGAGAACGAGAAUUAACGUUGAAGCUGAACGAUUGCGUUAAUCGGUUGAACGAAAAGGAAGUUUCGAUCCAAAACCUCGACGGGAAAGUCGCGGAGCUUAUUUCCGACAAUGCGGAGGUAACGGGUUUACGGAACCAAGUCGAAACGCUCGAGCGAAAGCUAGUCGAAACGCGGUCGAGCCUUGCAGAAGCGACUAUUUCUAGCGAACGGAAGGUUAAGGAAACGGAAGAAGAAAUUCGGACGUUGAAGAGGGAGAUAUUCGACGCUAAAAAUCGGGCGGCGAUUGCGGAAGAAAGAGUCGCCCACUUGACGGAGUCGAACGUCGAGCUUACCGACGAGCUCGAUUUUCUCAAAGGUAGCAAUGAGACAAACGCGAAAAAGGUUAGCGUUCUCGAAAAGCAGGUCCGGGAGUUCGAUAUUCAGCUUCAGCACUCGAGAGCGUCGUCGGAGGCCGGGCAGGAGCAGCAAAACAUGCUUUAUACGGCGAUUUGGGACAUGGAAACGUUGAUCGACGAGCUGAAGCAGAAAGUCGCGAGUGCUGAGACGAAGGCGGAGAUUUCCGACGAGCGAUGCGUUCUGCUGUCCGAAUCGAACGACAAACUGAACAAGGAAUUGGAAUUUCUGCGAUCGAAAAUGGCAUUCGUCGGGGCUUCGUUGGACGAAGCUACGACUCGGAAACAAUCGAGCGCUGACGAAAUCGCCGUCAGGACUCGGGUUAUUACAAAUAUGGUCGUGCAGCUCGCGAUUGAGCGGGAGCGGAUACAAAAACAGUUAUCGUCGUUGGCGAAAGAAAACAUGGUUUUGCGAGAGAAUUUGCGGAAGGAUCGGAGGAUCGGAGAAUUUGAUGAAAAGACAUUUGUUUUGUCGGGGCUUGAUGGUAAAGUCGCCGAGGCUGUGUCGAAAAACUUCGAGGUCGAGGAUUCGGAUGAGGCUAAAAUGACUUCUUCGAAUUCUGAAAACAACGGGAUGAAUUCGACGAUGAAUCCGGAGGAUGAGGGCGUCGUCGGGAUUGGUAAAUCGCGACGACGAAUGCGCGCUUUUGUUGUGUUGAUGGUCUUGGUGUCGAUCUUCAUGGCGCAUUUGUUCCAUCGAAGAAUGUAGGAAUCAUUGAUUUGUCGUCUUCGUCCCCGACUACGCACUUCUUGCAACAUAUAUAUUUGUAUGUAAUGUAAGAAAUGUUCGAUCU